AUGAGACAGCGUCGUGCCAAACUGUAUCGCAAGAUGCUUCACGCAUACCAGCUCCAAUUCGGUUUCCGUGAGCCCUACCAGCUUCUCAUCGACGAUACCUUCUCGCUCGCUCUCAGCCGGUACAAGAUCUCUGACCCGCUCAACCAAUUCAGUAACGUUCUGCAGUCGAAAAAGAUCAAACCGCUCAUCACACAAUGCUGCAUGCAAGCACUCUACGCUCUCGGAAAGCAAGCGCAGUCUACUGUCGACAUGGCCAAGCAAUGGGAGCGAAGGAUGUGCAAUCAUCGAGAUGCCAUCGAUCCGCAGCGAUGCAUCAAGGAAUGCGUCGGAGACAAGAACAAACAUCGUUACAUUGUAGCCUCUGAACAGGGCGAGUUGAGGCGAGAUCUCAGGCUGGGUGUUGCAGGAUUACCCAUGAUGCAUUUCACACAGGCAGUCAUGGUGCUGGAACCUAUGAGUCCGUUGACCAAGAGCAAGAUCGAAGAAAAGGAGGAGCAAAAGUUGAGUUUGCCGCUCAGUGAAGCUGCGUUGUUGAAGAGUGUGCCCAAUGUCGAGCUCGACAUUGUUGGUGCUGCUGCUAAUGAUGCAGCGGAAACGGACGCAGUAGAAGCCGGCCAGGCAGAAGCAAACCAAGAGGCUGGUUCAAGAAGGCGUAAGCGCAAAGCACCCAAUCCUUUGUCGGUUCGCAAACCCAAAACCCCGCGUCUGAGCAUGGACGAUAAACUGAAAAGAGAACAGGAGUUGAAGAAGCAGAAACAACGUGCAGCUGCACGCGCGAGAUUGCAAGCGUCCAGCUCGAACGCUGAUAACGCCCAAGGUGCAACAACUCACAGCGCCAGGAAGAAGAGAAGACGCUCGAGUACGACCAAGAAUCGCGCCACUGAAACUGCUCAAAGUGGAUCAUCGACACCUGCACCAGCGACCGACAAGAAAUCCCAGAGCGAGCAGAAGCUUGUCGCCGCCGAAACAAACGGCCAACCAAGAAACAAGAGACGCACCAGAUCUCACAACGCCGCAAAUAACGCUAAGCCCGUCGACGGUGCACCAGCAGAACCCGUCUCAGCAUAA